AUGGAUGGUAAAUGUGACGCCUGUAAACGUUAUAUACUAAAUUCAUUUAUUGGAGUCCUUGUUGUUAUUAAUGUUUUUGCUGUAAUCACAAUGUUAAUCAGUAGCCAGUAUGCCCAAUACGGUGCUGAAGAACUACCUCGUAGACUUGGACAGUGCCUAGAUGAUGUUUCAAAUUAUAAACGGGAGACCGAAGAUAAGGUUAAGGGAAUAUUUAUCGAAGAUUAUAACUCACUGAACAAAAGUUUGACAGACACUAUGUCUAUAGCAGGCGAUUUAAUCGUCAGAAAUGUAAAGAAAGCUACCGGUGUACAAACAGUUGAUUAUUUGUUUAAUAUCACAAGAAAUGCUCAAGAGGCAGUUUUGUUGGUUAAUCGAACAGAAGGGUUACUAGCCGAUGUUAAUAUAAAACUGAGUAGAUAUCGAAAUGAUAUAAACAAAUUGGUAAAGACGGCGAGAUACGACUUGAAUAAUUGUAUUAGUAGUGAAGAUGAAGAUCGUAGAGUUCUAUGCAAAAAGGCGUCGGAUAUGUUUGGUUCAUUGAAUUUUCCUACAAAACCAAUUGAAGGAGACCUAAUCUUGCCGAAGACACUUUCGAUGGUCAAAAAUAUUAGUAAAAUGAAUAUCAUCAAAUCAUUUAGUGAUGUUACAGAAAACUUUGUCGAAAUUACUAAAGAACUACAAAGCAAUAUUGACUCGAGGACUUAUUCUGCGCAAAAGUGGUUUAAAGAGAUUGGGCAAAGGAUGUUCCAUCAUGCAGAGGAAUUAAUACAAAAGUUAAGUCAUAUAAGUUUCAAGAAACUGUAUGAAUUGCUGAAUGACAUGAACCAAAAAGAAAGCACUUACAGAUUAGUUGUACAAUACAGCGGAACGUGGCUUUCAAUGGUUGUACUUGUGUUAUUCUCCUUAAUUACUGCAGUUCUUUUCAUUGUUGGCGGUAAUUUCACAAACUUAAUAUGUCAUCCUUUGGAAGAUCCACUUAGCAGAAAGGAUAUGCUCAGUUUUCUUCGACGAUUAAUUUCUACAAGUCGUCAAGGAGAGGAUUUGAGCUUUGGUACAUUCCCGGAUAACAUUAGUUUGUCUGGAUUAAUUCAAGCUUGUGAACGUAAUGAAACGCUGUAUACAAUACUUGAUCUUGAUUCUCAUUUCAAGCUAAUGAAUAUUAGUUAUUUGGAACGGGAACUUUUCAAUAAUUUGGAAAGAGAACUGGACCAAGUACUUUCUGGUGAUAUCUCAAUAGCGCCGGUGAAGUUAUUGUCAAAGGAAAGAGUUGAAAAAAUUAAAGUUUUACAAGCAAUAUGCGCGGCAAUGUCGACCGACGACGAUCCGGCUCUUGCCCACUUUCAAAAGAUAAAAAACGAUUUCAAUAUAUCGAGUUACAGUCGAGGUAUUUUUGAAGCAUUUAAAGAAGAUUCUUCAGUGCCAAAGCAGAUCAAAGACCCAGUAAAUCAGCUUAGAACAGUGGAGGAGACAUCAGGGAACAGUUUUAUGCGUAGUUUUGAUGAACUCUUGCUUCAAUUGGAUUCGCUGAACCACAUUUUGCACAACAUUUCUGUGCCGAUCAGUGAUGCCUUGUUGAGGUUACAGCAUGCAGAAUCUGUCUUGGAGAAGGAUUAUGCGAAACAUUUUUCAAAUGCAGCGAGGCACGUAGCUGAAAAUGUGAAGAUGGAGAUUCAACAGUACUUAGGUCAUAUUGAAGGAUCCUUGAUUAAUGAUAUAACGAACUGUGGUCCGUUAGCGGAAAUCGCUCGUGGUGCAAGAGCAGCACUUUGUAAUUAUACGAUCAAUCCAUUUAUUUUUAUCUUAGGCUGGUUAGUCAUGAAGCCAGUUGAUUACGGAAGUAAAGAGAAAAUUUCGUCGAUAGAUCAACGGAUUGUUAUAUGGCAUGUUCAGCAUAGCGUUGUCCAUGAGCCUAUCGAUGGGAAUCAAGCGAAUACUUUUGCUACCGAUACUUACGACUAUCGUGGCAGAAAUCGAUUCUCUUCGUCAAGUAGCGGUUACGAAACUUGUUUAAGUGCAGAUGCGGCUUGUGGGACAAAUAGCUAA